AUGGAUGCAUUUCAACAGAGAAGGGUCUCAGGCUCGCAAGGUCAAACCCUCUACAAGCUCACUCUCUCGAUGACAAUAGAUACUUGGAAAUCUGAGGAAACUAGGUAUUUUUUCGGACUCUAUGCGGAAGAGAGAAGAAAAAGAAAUAAGGUUGGUACAUCAAUGAAUAAAGUGGGGAAAACAAACAUUAUGGAGUCGUUUGAACAGCGGUUUAAGAAGAAUUUUCCUGAUUGGAGGCCCUACAAGAGCAACUACGACACCAGUAGGAAGAAAUAUAUCAAGAUUAAGACGCUGACUCAAAAUAGGACAGGGCUUGGGUUUGAUGACAUGGGAAGGAUUGACAUGUCAGAUGAUUGGUGGAGUGAACGCGAAAGGGAGUGUCCUGGGAUUAGAAGAUCUGUAUGCAAAGAGAUUAGUAACAUGGAUAUGUUUGAAGCAGAAUUUGGUGGUGUAGUAGUAACUGGAGCUGAAGGAUGGAGCGCUCAACAUGGAGAAGCCAGUUUGAACUCUAGAGUGGGUGAAGAUGAUGGUGAUGAUGAAGCUGAUUCUCAGCCAGCAGCAGAAACUCAAGCAUUGGAGACAGAAACACAUCCACAAGCCCCACGCCAAACUCAGCCAUCGACUCAGACUCAUUCUGGAAGUUCAAGAGCAAAAAGAAGGCGUAAGGAGAAAGACAUGGUUGUAGAAGCUUGUGUGAAACGGACUGAAACUCUUGAGGUGAAGAACAAGAUAGCGGAACGGAUGUUGGAGCGUCAAGAAGCUUUUAGUAUUGAGAAUGUGUUGGAGAUACUGUAUGCUUUGCCUGAAGUGAGAGAGUGGUCUCCACUAUAUGAAGCAGCAAUGGAAAUUCUCAUAGAUAAUGAAGGAAACCGAAGAGCCUUUGUAACAAUGAAGACAGAUGAAGCUAAGAUUAGGUUUCUGGAGCUUAGGACUAAGAUAAAACGCAAUGAUGACUAG